UCCAGAGCUGCCCUUCGGGAGGAGCUGUGCGCCCUGGGCGGGCGCUAUCGGGCGUGGUUUAGGACCUGGGGCGGCCUCCGGGCGGCCGGGCGACUCCCUAGUCCGGCUGUGGGACAGCGGGCUACCACCGUCCAGUCACCCGGCGCCUGCCAGCAGCUCCGCUCGGCUCGUCCCCUGCGACGCGCGCCGGCCAUGACGGGAGCACUGUUCAAGGCGAACUUCUGGAGCACGGACAUCCUCAGCACCGCGGGCUACGACUGCCUCAUCCAGCACCUAAACAAUGGCCGCAAGAACUGCAAAGAGUUUGAAGACUUCCUGAAAGAGAGGGCAUCAAUUGAAGAGAAGUAUGGCAAAGACCUUCUCAGCCUCUCCAGGAAGAAGCCUUGUGGACAGUCGGAGAUCAACACCCUGAAGCGGGCCCUGGAGGUCUUCAAGCAGCAAGUAGACAGUGUGGCCCAAUGUCACAUUCAGCUUGCCCAGACUCUAAGAGAAGAGGCCAGGAAGAUGGAAGAAUUCAGGGAAAAGCAAAAGCUACAACGGAAAAAGACAGAGAUUUUAAUGGAUGCUGCCCAUAAACAAAAAAGCCUACAGUUCAAGAAAACUAUGGAUGCAAAGAAGACCUACGAGCAGAAGUGCCGAGACAAAGAUGAGGCAGAGCAGGCUGUCCACCGGAGCGCCAACCUGGUAAACCCGAAGCAACAAGAAAAGCUUUUUGUGAAACUGGCAACUUUGAAGACUGCAGUAGAAGACUCGGACAAGACAUACAUGAUGCACGUCAGCACCCUGGACAAGAUCCGCGAAGACUGGCAGAGCGAGCACAUCAAGGCCUGCGAGAUGUUUGAAGCUCAAGAAUGUGAACGAAUAAACUUCUUUCGGAACGCGUUGUGGUUACACAUGAAUCAGCUGUCACAACAGUGUGUCACAAGCGAUGACAUGUAUGAAGAAGUUCGUAAGAGCUUGGAAGCAUGCAGCAUUGAGAAGGACAUUGCAUUUUUUGUGAACCACCGGAAAACCGGACAGGUCCCACCAGCACCCAUCAUGUACGAGAAUUUCUACUGCCCCCAGAAGAAUACAGCCUCACAGGGAAAGGCCCUGGGGCCUAACUUAGCAAGGAGAGGACCUCUCCCAGUUCCUAGAAGUACACCAGAUGAUCAAGAUUAUUCUUUGGUUAAUGACUACAGUCUGAUCUACCAGUAACAUCAAUG